ACCCAUCUCUUUAACGAAUAAAUACCCCCUCUUGCUCCGUUACUCUGCGAUCAGCCAGCUCGCACUCUCCAGUCUCCACUCUUCACUCACAAUUCACCGAAAGCAAACUCUCUCAUAUCAUCCUUAACUCUCCCCUACCCAUUUAGCUCUAUCAUGGCCACCGUGAUUAUACGUAAACGACUCGCUCGCACAGACAUCAAAUCUUGUCUGUCUUAUCCCACUGAUGCACUCGGGCCUUUUCCGAUGGUCGAGGGUCAAACGGCUAUUUGGUUUCAAGCAAGAGAUCCCACCGGGAAAGUUUGGAACUUUGAGCUCUCUAAACGGCCUCGUGGCUAUCUAAAACCCGUCAUGAGAGGUGACUGGUUGAACUACGUCCGUGAGAAGAGCCUUACAGUUAGAGAUGUUAUCGUCCUAACAAGGGAACAAGAUAUUCAGGAUGAAGUAACCUACCACAUCAAAGUUGAACCAGAUUUGAGACUCACCUUGAAGACAUUUUCUUCGGCUUAUGAGACGCUGGAGAAAACAAUUGAUGAUGGCUCAAGAUACCUGGAGGGUUAAAGAUGCAGAAUACAAGAAGGCGUAGCAUGCAGUUGAGACAACUUAGGGGGAAAGCUUUUGCAUUUUUGGUAUCAAAACUGAGGAAUUAACACUAAUCAUGAUCUUUAAUAUUCCAACAAUGGGGUGGUUACUUUUUCUUCUUCUUUAUAUGUAUAUAUAGCAUCUACUUUAUGUGAGGAUUAUUUGUCUUUGAAUCGCUGCACAAUGUUAGUUUUUUUAUUAGCUUUGAAAUAUAUAACCGCUGUCUUGAAGCAAAAACGUUAGU